UUGCACUCAGACCGCCGGAGCGAGCGCGGUGAACACGGAGUUCCGUCCGCUUCCUGUCGGCGGCGCGGAGUGAGUACCAGGGAUUUCUUUCAAACUUUAAGACACUUUCUGGACGCUUUUACGAACAGGCGUGACUCGUCAACAAAUCGGCAGCUGAUGAGUUUUGACUGAACCGCACGGACCUGCGCAGACCGCCGCCCGGUCUGCACCAGCAGCCAGCCAGCAUGGCCUUCGUACCCGCGCCCAGCCCCACGGUGGUCGACCAGACCACACUCAUGAAGAAGUACCUGCAGUUUGUGGCAGCACUCACGGACACCAACACACCCGAUGAGACCAAGCUGAAGAUGAUGCAGGAGGUCAGCGAGAACUUUGAGAACGUGACGUCUUCACCUCAGUAUUCCACCUUCCUGGAGCACAUCAUCCCUCGCUUUCUAACCUUCCUCCAGGACGGGGAGGUGCAGUUUCUUCAAGAGAAACCCACACAACAACUGAGAAAGUUGGUCCUGGAAAUCAUUCAUCGCAUUCCGACAAACGAACACCUUCGUCCGCACGCCAAAAACAUCUUAUCUGUGAUGUUUCGCUUCCUGGAGAUUGAGAAUGAAGAAAACGUGUUAAUCUGCCUCCGCAUCAUCAUUGAACUGCACAAACAGUUCCGUCCUCCCAUCUCUCAAGAGAUUCAUCACUUUUUGGACUUUGUGAAGCAGAUCUACAAAGACCUUCCUAAAGUUGUUGCCAGGUACUUCGAGAACCCCCAGGUGAUCGCAGAAAACACCGUCCCUUCUCCAGAGAUGGUGGGGAUGAUCACGUCGGUGUUGGUGAAGACCGCUCCUGAGAGGGAGGACAGUGAAACACGGACGCACACCAUCAUCCCUCGAGGGUCGUUGUCCCUGAAGGUUUUGGCAGAACUCCCCAUUAUUGUGGUUCUGAUGUAUCAACUCUACAAGCUGAGCAUCCAUAACGUGGUGUCAGAGUUCGUGCCGCUGAUCAUGAACACCAUCAUGCUGCAGGUGUCUCCUCAAGCCAGGCAACACAAACUUUAUAACAAAGAGCUGUACGCAGAUUUCAUCGCCGCACAAAUCAAGACUCUGUCCUUCCUGGCUUACAUCAUCCGGAUCUAUCAGGACCUUGUGGCGAAAUACUCCCAGCAGAUGGUGAAGGGGAUGCUGCAGCUGCUGUCCAACUGCCCCCCCGAGACCGCUCACCUGCGCAAGGAGCUGCUGAUCGCAGCCAAGCACAUCCUGACCACUGACCUGCGCAGCCAGUUCAUCCCCUGUAUGGACAAACUUUUCGAUGAAUCCAUCCUCAUUGGGUCUGGUUACACUGCCAGGGAAACUCUCAGACCUCUGGCCUACAGCACACUAGCAGACCUGGUGCACCACGUCCGUCAGAACUUGCCCCUGACGGACUUGUCUCUAGCCGUGCAGCUCUUCGCCAAAAACAUAGACGACGAGUCGCUUCCCAGUAACAUCCAAACCAUGUCCUGCAAGCUGCUUCUCAACCUGGUGGACUGCAUCCGCUCCAAGUCGGAGCAGGAGAACGGGAAUGGGCGGGACAUUUUGAUGAGGAUGCUGGAGGUGUUUGUGUUGAAGUUUCACACCAUCGCGCGGUACCAGCUCGUCUCCAUCUUCAAGAAAUGCAAACCUCAGUCGGAGAUGGGUGUGGUCGACCCGGGGGCUUUGCCCGGGGUGCCGGCCACGCCCACGCCACCGGCCAACCCCGCCUUACCGCCGCCCGCCCCUCCCACGCCUGUCCCCGCCGCGCCCACCCAACCAGGGGCGGCGGCGUUCGACCGACCCGGAGAGAAGGAGGACAAGCAGACGUUCCAGGUGUCGGACUGCCGCAGUUUGGUCAAGACGUUGGUGUGCGGAGUGAAGACGAUCACCUGGGGCAUCACUUCCUGUAAAGCUCCUGGAGAAGCUCAGUUCAUUCCUAACAAGCAGCUUCAGCCAAAGGAGACUCAGAUCUACAUCAAACUGGUGAAAUAUGCCAUGCAGGCCUUAGACAUCUACCAGGUACAGGUUGCCAACAACCAGCAGACCUACAUCCGGGUGGCGAACUGCCAGACGGUUCGCAUGAAGGAGGAGAAGGAGGUUCUGGAGCACUUCGCUGGAGUCUUCACUAUGAUGAACCCGCUCACUUUUAAGGAAAUCUUCCAGACCACCGUGCCGUACAUGGUAGAGAGGAUCUCUAAAAACUACGCUUUGCAGAUCGUGGCAAACUCCUUCCUGGCCAAUCUGUCCACCUCAGCUCUGUUUGCCACCAUCCUGGUGGAGUAUCUGCUGGAAAGGCUGCCGGAGAUGGGCUCCAACGUGGAGCUCUCCAACCUCUACCUGAAGCUUUUCAAGCUGGUCUUUGGCUCCGUGUCGCUGUUCGCCGCUGAGAAUGAGCAGAUGCUGAAGCCUCACCUCCACAAGAUCGUGAACAGCUCCAUGGAGCUCGCCCAAUCAGCCAAGGAGCCCUACAACUACUUCCUGCUUCUCCGAGCGCUCUUCCGCUCCAUCGGCGGAGGCAGUCACGACCUUCUCUACCAGGAGUUCCUGCCGCUGCUUCCCAACCUUUUGCAAGGUCUGAACAUGCUGCAGAGCGGCCUGCACAAGCAGCACAUGAAGGAUCUGUUCGUGGAGCUGUGUCUGACGGUUCCGGUGCGCCUGAGCUCGCUCCUGCCGUACCUUCCUAUGCUGAUGGACCCGCUGGUGUCCGCCCUGAACGGAUCCCAGACGCUGGUCAGCCAGGGCCUCCGCACGCUGGAGCUGUGCGUGGACAACCUGCAGCCCGACUUCCUUUACGACCACAUCCAGCCGGUCCGAGCGGAACUGAUGCAGGCUUUGUGGCGCACGCUCCGUAAUCCCGCCGAAAGCAUCUCCCACGUGGCUUACCGGGUGCUGGGGAAGUUCGGAGGCAGCAACAGGAAGAUGCUGAAGGAAUCCCAGAGGCUGCAUUACGUGGUGACGGAGGUCCAGGGCCCGAGCAUCAAGGCCGAGUUCACGGACUGCAAGGCGUCCAUCCAGCUGCCAAUGGAGAAGGCAAUCGAGACGGCGCUGGACUGCUUGAAGAGCGCCAACACGGAGCCGUACUACAGACGACAAGCCUGGGAGGUCAUUAAGUGCUUCUUGGUCGCCAUGACGAGUCUGGAUGACAACAAACACGCUCUCUACCAGCUCCUGUCUCAUCCCAACUUCACAGAGAAGUGGAUUCCCAGCGUCAUCAUUUCUCACCGCUACAAAGCUCAGGACACGCCGGCCCGCCGGACCUUUGAGCAAGCUCUGACUGGGGCCUUCAUGUCUGCCGUGAUCAAGGACCUGAGGCCCAGCGCCCUGCCUUUCGUCGCCAGCCUGAUCCGUCACUACACCAUGGUGGCCGUGGCGCAGCAGUGUGGUCCGUUCCUUCUUCCAUGCUACCAGCUCGGCAGCCAGCCCAGCACCGCCAUGUUCCACAGCGAGGAGAACGGCUCCAAGGGCAUGGACCCGCUGGUCCUCAUCGACGCCAUCGCCAUCUGCAUGGCCUACGAGGAGAAGGAGCUGUGCAAGAUCGGAGAAGUGGCUCUGGCUGUCAUCUUCGAUGUGGCCAGCAUCAUCCUCGGCUCCAAAGAGAGGGCCUGCCAGCUGCCCUUGUUCUCCUACAUCGUUGAGCGUCUGUGCGCCUGCUGCUACGAGCAGGCCUGGUACGCCAAGCUGGGCGGCGUGGUGUCCAUCAAGUUCCUGAUGGAGAGAUUGCCUCUCAUCUGGGUUCUUCAGAACCAGCUGACGUUCCUCAAAGCUUUGCUCUUCGUCAUGAUGGACCUCACGGGAGAGGUAUCAAACGGGGCGGUGGCCAUGGCCAAAACCACCCUGGAGCAGUUGCUGGUGCGCUGUGCCACGCCGCUCAAGGACGAGGAGAAGACUGACGAGCUGCUUGCUGCUCAGGACAAGUCCUUCCACAUGGUAACCCACGACCUGGUGCGGGAAGUCACCUCCCCCAACUCCACUGUCAGGAAGCAGGCCAUGCACUCGCUGCAGGUGCUGGCCCAAGUCACCGGGAAGAGCGUGACCGUCAUUAUGGAGCCGCACAAAGAGGUUUUGCAAGAUAUGGUUCCUCCCAAGAAACAUCUGCUGCGCCACCAGCCCGCUAAUGCCCAGAUCGGGCUAAUGGAGGGUAACACCUUCUGCACCACCCUGCAGCCCCGCCUCUUCACCAUGGACCUGAACGUCAUGGAGCAUAAGGUUUUUUACACAGAGCUGUUGAAUCUUUGCGAGGCAGAGGAUGCUGCUCUGAUGAAGCUUCCGUGCUACAAGAGUCUUCCCUCUUUGGUUCCUCUCCGGAUUGCCGCCCUUAAUGCCCUGGCAGCCUGCAACUAUUUGCCCCAGUCCAGGGAGAAGAUCAUUGCUGCCCUGUUCAAAGCCCUCAACUCCACCAACAAUGAGCUGCAGGAAGCGGGCGAGGCGUGCAUGAGGAAGUUCCUAGAGGGCGCCACCAUCGAGGUGGACCAGAUCCACACUCACAUGCGUCCUCUGCUGAUGAUGCUGGGAGACUAUCGGAGCCUGACCCUCAACGUGGUGAACCGGCUGACCUCCGUCACUCGCCUCUUCCCCAACUCCUUCAACGACAAGUUCUGCGACCAGAUGAUGCAACACCUGCGGAAAUGGAUGGAGGUCGUUGUAAUAACGCAUAAAGGAGGCCAGCGCAGCGAUGGCAGUCCUGCGAUGGAGGGUGUCGAGGAGAUGAAGAUCUGCUCCGCCAUCAUCAACCUCUUCCACCUGAUCCCAGCUGCUCCUCAGACUCUAGUCAAGCCUCUCCUGGAGGUGGUCAUGAAGACGGAGCGCGCUAUGCUGAUCGAGGCCGGCAGUCCCUUCAGGGAGCCGCUGAUCAAGUUUCUGACUCGUCACCCGUCUCAGACGGUGGAGCUGUUCAUGAUGGAGGCCACGCUCAACGAUCCCCAGUGGAGCCGCAUGUUCAUGAGUUUCCUGAAACACAAAGACGCCAAGCCGCUCAGAGACGUGCUGGCUGCCAAUCCCAACCGCUUCGUCCCGCUGCUCGUCCCCGCCGGCACCGCGGCAACCGUCCGGCCCGGAUCUCCUUCCACCACCACCGCCAGACUGGACCUGCAGUUCCAAGCCAUCAAGAUCAUCAGCAUCAUCGUGAAGAACGACGAGGGCUGGCUGGCGGGGCAGCACUCGCUGGUCAGCCAGCUCAGGCGAGUGUGGGUCAGCGAGGCCUUCCAGGAGAGACACCGCAAGGACAACAUGUCUGCCACCAACUGGAAGGAGCCCAAACUGCUGGCCUAUUGUUUGCUGAGCUACUGCAAGCGUAACUACUCUGAGAUCGAGCUGCUCUUCCAGCUGCUGCGCGCCUUCACGGGUCGCUUCCUGUGCAACAUGACCUUCCUGAAGGAGUACAUGGAGGAGGAAAUACCCCGGAAUUACUCCAUCGCCCAGAAACGCGCCCUGUUCUUCCGCUUCGUGGAAUUCAACGACCCGCACUUCAACGACGAGCUGAAGGCAAAGGUGCUGCAGCACAUCCUGAAUCCCGCCUUCCUCCACAGCUUUGAGAAGGGCGAAGGCGAGCAGCUGCUGGGACCCCCCAACCCUGAAGGGGACAACCCUGAGAGCAUCACCAGUGUCUUCAUCACCAAGGUGCUGGACCCUGAAAAACAGGGCGAGCUGCUGGACUCUCUGCGGAUCUGCCUGCUGCAGUUCUCCACGCUGUUGGUGGAGCACGCGCCUCACCACAUUCACGACAACAACAAGUCCCGCAACAGCAAGCUGCGCCGCCUCAUGACCUUCGCCUGGCCCUGCCUGCUGCCCAAAGCCUGCGUGGACCCCGCCUGCAAAUACAGCGGACACCUACUUUUAGCGCACAUCAUCGCAAAAUUCGCCAUCCACAAAAAGAUCGUCUUACAGGUCUUCCACAGUCUGCUGAAAGCCCACACCAUGGAAGCCCGGGCGAUCGUCCGUCAGGCCAUGGCCAUCCUGACCCCGGCUGUGCCGGCCCGCAUGGAGGACGGACACCAGAUGCUGACCCACUGGACUCGGAAAAUCAUCGUGGAGGAAGGACACACCGUCCCACAGCUGGUUCACAUUCUGCAUCUUAUUGUGCAGCACUUCAGGGUUUACUAUCCCGUCCGCCAUCACCUGGUGCAGCACAUGAUCAGUGCCAUGCAGCGCUUGGGCUUCACUCCCAGUGUGACGAUCGAGCAGAGGAAGCUGGCUGUGGACCUGGCGGAGGUGGUAAUCAAGUGGGAGUUACAGAGGAUCAAAGACCAGCAGCCGGAGUCUGAGGGCGAGGCAGUGGCGGGUGAAGGAACCAGCGGGGGAGCUGUGAAGAGGGGGCUGUCCCUCGAUGCAGCAGCCGCCGCUGCCGCCGGUCAGGACGUUAAGAGAUUCCGCACUGCGGCCGGCACAGCCUCCACGGUGUUUGGCCGCAGUCAGUCCAUGCCAGGAGCUGAGAACCUCCUCAACAAGCCCGUGGAGAAGCAGCACACCGACACCGUCGUCAACUUCCUCAUCAGGAUUGCAUGCCAGGUGAACGACAGCACCAACGUGGCUGGCUCUCCCGGGGAGCUGCUGUCCCGCCGCUGCGUUAACCUGAUGAAGACCACCCUGCGGCCUGACAUGUGGCCCCGCGCCGAGCUCAAGCUGCAGUGGUUUGACAAGCUGCUAAUGACCGUGGAACAGCCAGCACAAGCCAACAUCUCCAACAUCUGCACCGGACUGGAGAUCCUCUCCUUCCUGCUGACCGUGCUGCAGUCUCCCGCCAUACUGGCCCACUUCAAGCCGCUGCAGCGAGGCAUCGCCGCAUGCAUGACCUGCGGGAACACCAAAGUUCUGCGGGCCGUCCACUCCCUCCUCUCUCGCCUCAUGAGCAUCUUUCCCACUGAACCAAGCACGUCCAACGUGGCGUCCAAGUAUGAGGAGCUGGAGUGUCUGUAUGCGGCGGUGGGGAAAGUCAUCUACGAGGGGCUCACCAACUAUGAAAAAGCUACGAGCAACACCAACCCCACGCAGCUUUUCGGAACGCUGAUGAUCCUGAAGUCCGCCUGCAGUUACAACGCCAGCUACAUCGAUCGCCUCAUCUCUGUGUUCAUGCGCUCGCUGCAGAAGAUGGUCCGGGAACACCUGAGCCCCCAGCAGGCCAACCCGGGGGUGACGGAGACCAGCACGGUGACCAGCGAGCUGAUAAUGCUGAGUCUGGACCUGGUGAAGACCCGGCUGUCCGUCAUGAGCAUGGAGAUGAGGAAGAACUUCAUCCAGGUCAUCCUCACCUCUCUGAUCGAGAAGUCGCCCGACCCCAAAAUCCUCCGCGCCGUCGUGAAGAUCGUGGAGGAGUGGGUGAAAAACAACUCCCCCAUGGCCGCCAACCAGAUGCCAAACCUGCGUGAGAAAUCCAUCUUGCUGGUGAAGAUGAUGACCUACAUUGAGAAGCGUUUCCCUGAUGAACUUGAGUUAAAUGCCCAGUUCCUGGACCUGGUUAAUUACGUCUACAGGGAUGAAAGCCUCUCAGGAAGUGACAUCACAUCCAAGCUGGAGCCCGCCUUCCUGUCCGGCCUUCGGUGCACUCAGCCGUUAAUCCGGGCCAAGUUCUUCGAGGUGUUUGACGCCUCCAUGAAGCGCCGCGUCUACGAGAGGCUGCUUUACAUUUGCUGUUCUCAGAACUGGGAGGCGAUGGGCAACCACUUCUGGAUCAAGCAGUGCAUCGAGCUGCUGCUCGGCGUGUGCGAGCGAAACACCAUCAUCGGCACCAGCUGUCAGGGGUCAAUGCUGCCUUCCAUCACCAACGUCAUCAACCUCGCCGACAGCCAUGACCGCGCGGCCUUCGCCAUGGCAACCCACGUGAAGCAGGAGCUCCGUGAGAGGGAGAACAGUGAGACCAAAGAGGAGGAUGUGGAGAUUGAUAUAGAAUUAGCACCAGGGGACCAGACCGCCAUCCCCAAGACCAAGGAGCAAGCUGAGAGGGACACGGGCAACCAGCUGCACAUGCUCACCAACCGACACGACAAGUUCCUGGACUCGUUACGGGAGGUCAAGACGGGGGCUCUCCUCAACGCCCUGGUUCAGCUCUGCCACAUCUCCACACCUUUGGCUGAGAGGACGUGGGUGCAGCUGUUCCCUCGCCUGUGGAAGAUCCUCUCUGACAGACAGCAGCAUGCUCUGUCCGGCGAGAUGAGUCCCUUCCUGUGCAGCGGCAGUCACCAGGCUCAGAGGGACUGCCAGCCCAGCGCCCUCAACUGCUUCGUGGAGGCCAUGUCCCAGUGCGUGCCCCCCAUCCCCAUCCGGCCCUGCGUGCUCAAGUACCUGGGCAAGACGCACAACCUGUGGCUGCGCUCCACCCUCAUGCUGGAGCAGCAGGCCUUCGAGAAGGGCCUGAGCCUGCACAGCAAGCCCAAGCCCAGCACCGAGUUCUACGAGCAGGAGAGCAUCACGCCGCCGCAGCAGGAGAUUUUAGACUCCCUGGCAGAGCUGUACUCCCUUCUCCAGGAGGAGGACAUGUGGGCGGGCUUAUGGCAGAAGAGGUGCAAAUUCCCCGAAACCGCCACAGCCAUCGCCUACGAGCAGCAUGGCUUCUUCGAACAGGCCCAAGAAAGCUACGAGAAAGCAAUGGAAAAGGCGAGAAAGGAGCACGAGAAAAGCAACAUCUCCCCCGCCAUUUUUACCGAGUACCAGCUGUGGGAGGACCACUGGAUACGCUGCUCCAAGGAGCUGAAUCAGUGGGAGCCGCUGACUGAAUACGGCCAGUCCAAAGGACACUCAAACCCUUAUCUGGUGCUCGAGUGCGCUUGGAGGGUUUCCAACUGGGGGGCCAUGAAGGAGGCUCUGGUGCAGGUGGAGCUCAGCUGCCCUAAAGAAAUGGCGUGGAAGGUGAACAUGCACCGCGGCUACCUGGCCAUCUGCAACCCGGAGGAGCAGCAGCUGAACUUCAUCGAGCGCCUGGUGGAGAUGGCGUCCAGCCUGGCCAUCCGCGAGUGGAGGAGGCUGCCGCACAUCGUGUCCCACGUGCACACGCCGCUGCUGCAGGCGGCGCAGCAGAUCAUCGAGCUGCAGGAAGCGGCGCAGAUCAACGCCGGACUUCAACCGGCAAACCUGGGCCGCAACACCAGCCUCCACGACAUGAAGACGGUGGUGAAGACCUGGAGGAAUCGGCUGCCCAUCGUUUCCGACGACCUCUCGCACUGGAGCAGCAUUUUCAUGUGGCGCCAGCACCACUAUCAGGCCAUCGUGACGGCCUACGAGACCAACACCCAACACGAUCCCAACAACAACAACGCCAUGCUGGGAGUCCACGCCUCCGCCUCCGCCAUCAUCCAGUACGGAAAAAUAGGUCGCAAACAGGGGUUGGUGAACGUGGCUCUGGACAUUCUGAGCCGCAUCCACACCAUCCCGACCGUUCCCAUCGUGGACUGCUUCCAGAAGAUCCGACAGCAGGUGAAGUGCUACCUGCAGCUGGCCGGGGUCAUGGGCAAGAACGAGUGCAUGCAGGGUCUGGAGGUGAUCGAGUCGACCAACCUGAAGUACUUCACCAAAGAGAUGACGGCCGAGUUCUACGCUCUGAAGGGGAUGUUCCUGGCUCAAAUUAACAAGUCAGAAGAGGCCAACAAGGCCUUCUCCGCCGCGGUCCAGAUGCACGAUGUGCUGGUGAAAGCCUGGGCCAUGUGGGGAGACUACCUGGAGAACAUCUUUGUCAAAGAUCGGCAGUCCCACCUGGGCGUCUCGGCCAUCACCUGCUACCUUCACGCCUGCCGCCACCAAAACGAGAGCAAGUCCCGCAAAUACCUGGCAAAGGUGUUGUGGCUGCUCAGCUUUGAUGACAAGAACACCCUGGCAGACGCCGUGGACAAAUACUGCAUUGGAGUCCCGCCCAUCCAGUGGUUGGCAUGGAUACCUCAGCUUCUAACCUGUUUAGUUGGGUCAGAAGGCAAGCCUUUACUCAACCUAAUCAGCCAGGUGGGACGAGUGUACCCCCAGGCUGUCUACUUCCCGAUCCGCACCCUUUACUUGACUCUCAAGAUCGAGCAGAGGGAGCGCUACAAAAGCGAUGCGUCUGGGCAGCAGCAGCCCAGCUCGGUGGGGGCCCAGCCCCACUCCGGAGCCUCUGACCCCGGUCCCAUUCGUGCCACGGCUCCGAUGUGGCGCUGCAGCAGGAUCAUGCACAUGCAGCGGGAGCUGCACCCCACCCUGCUCUCCUCCCUGGAGGGCAUCGUGGACCAGAUGGUGUGGUUCAGAGAGAACUGGCACGAGGAGGUCUUGAGGCAGCUCCAGCAGGGUCUGGCUAAGUGCUACUCCGUGGCCUUCGAGAAGAGCGGCGCCGUGUCGGACGCCAAGAUCACGCCGCACACGCUCAACUUUGUGAAGAAGCUGGUCAGCACCUUCGGCGUCGGCUUGGAGAACGUCUCCAACGUUUCCACCAUGUUCUCCAGCGCUGCUUCUGAGUCGCUGGCCCGCCGGGCCCAGGCCACCGCCCAGGACCCCGUCUUCCAGAAAAUGAAGGGACAGUUCACCACAGACUUCGACUUCAGCGUGCCCGGCUCCAUGAAGCUCCAUAAUCUCAUCUCCAAGCUGAAGAAGUGGAUCAAGAUCUUGGAGGCAAAAACGAAGCAGCUGCCCAAGUUUUUCCUGAUUGAGGAGAAAUGUCGCUUCCUCAGCAAUUUCUCCGCGCAAACUGCUGAAGUGGAGAUCCCGGGGGAGUUCCUGAUGCCCAAACCGACGCACUACUACAUCAAGAUUGCCAGGUUCAUGCCCAGGGUGGAAAUAGUUCAGAAACACAACACGGCUGCUCGCCGCCUCUACAUCCGGGGCCACAACGGGAAGAUCUACCCCUACCUGGUGAUGAACGACGCCUGUCUGACCGAGUCUCGCCGGGAGGAGAGGGUCCUGCAGCUUCUCCGCCUCCUCAACCCCUGUCUGGAGAAGAGGAAGGAGACCACCAAGAGGCACCUGUUCUUCACUGUGCCCCGAGUGGUGGCGGUGUCCCCUCAGAUGCGGCUGGUCGAGGACAACCCCUCGUCUCUGUCUCUGGUGGAGAUCUACAAGCAGCGCUGCGCCAAGAAGGGCAUCGAGCACGACAACCCCAUCUCGAGAUACUACGAUCGUCUGGCUACCGUGCAAGCUCGAGGCACGCAGGCCAGCCACCAGGUUCUCAGGGACAUCCUGAAGGAGGUUCAGGGCAACAUGGUUCCUCGCAGCAUGCUGAAGGAGUGGGCUCUCCACACGUUCCCCAACGCCACCGAUUACUGGACCUUCCGCAAGAUGUUCACCAUCCAGCUGGCCCUCAUCGGCCUGGCAGAGUUCAUGCUCCACCUCAACAGGCUCAACCCCGAGAUGCUGCAGAUCGCUCAGGACACGGGGAAGCUGAACGUCUCCUACUUCCGCUUUGACAUCAACGACGCCACCGGCGACCUGGACGCCAACCGGCCCGUCCCGUUCCGCCUGACCCCGAACAUCUCCGAGUUCCUGACCACCAUCGGCGUCUCGGGUCCGCUCACCGCCUCCAUGAUCGCGGUGGCGCGAUGCUUCGCACAGCCCAACUUCAAGGUGGACGGCAUCCUGAAGGCCGUCCUGCGGGACGAGAUCAUCGCCUGGCACAAGAAGACGCAGGAGGACACGUCCAUCCCGCUGUCCCCCGCCGGCCAGCCGGAGAACAUGGACUCCCAGCAGCUGGUGCUGCUGGUCCAGAAGGCCGUGACCGCCAUCAUGACCCGCCUCCACAACCUGGCCCAGUUUGAGGGCGGAGAGAGUAAAGUCAACACGCUGGUGGCCGCCGCCAACAGCCUGGACAACCUGUGCCGCAUGGACCCCGCCUGGCACCCCUGGCUCUGAGGGAACCUGCAACCAUGAAAUGUUUGGGACAGAAUUCAGGUUCCUCUGCUGAGGAGAACUCGUGUAUUUAUUUUUAUAAAGCAAAAGUCCGAGUUCCUCUGAAACCUGAACACAGUGUGGGAUUGGAGCCAGUUUCCUCCUUCAACAUGUCGAUGAACUUUCUCUUUUUACGUCUUCAAAUAGUGUUUUUUAUUUGACUUGAAUGUAGUUUCUGCUCCCGUCAAAUGAGGAAUAUUUUUGUAAAUAACUUCAGUCCUUCCUGAACUUUUGUUCCGCCCCGUCUGAGUUCUGAUCUCUCCCACCGUGUAAAUAAGCAUUUUCUUCUAAUAAAAUGCUUUUUAUGACAUUGUUUCCUCGCCUGCAUUUAAAAAAAACAAGUUUUAAUCGCCAUUACCGCCGUUUUAUGUCUUUAAAAGUUGUAAAGCGGCGGUGUCACGUCUCCUGCAUCGCCGUCAUAACUACCCCAAAGGACGCGCUCCGGGGUCUCACCGAGGCAAUAACUCAUCCACUGAUCUGGCGUCAUCGGACGUCUCGGUGGGUUUUGGGGAGAAAACGACCUCGUGGUCUUUCCUUCCUCCUGGUUGAGAGUCCUGCAGACGCAGAGCGGCGUGUCCGUCUGAUUUAUGCGAGCCGGCAGACCUCCGAGCGGCCGCGGUGUCGGGCGGCCCGCCUUCACCCGUAAACAACGGUUGCAUCUCUGUUUGCUCCUCAACGUUGGCUCUUAAGACAGAUCUUUGGUGGAGUUGGGAGUGGGACAGUUCAAACAGGUGACAUUAAUACAGGGAAGGAGCGGAGGACAGAGGAUCCUCUUACAGAAGAAGAAGCUACAAAAAUAAUAAUUUACAAAUAAAUUCUUUAAAAAUCA